UUUGAUUUAUUUUGCAGACAUUUAAAAAUGUCAGGGGUUGUGUGCGCGGAAGAGGAUGAAGAAGAGAAAUUGCGGGCACUAUUCGAGGCCUGUGAUGCAGAUGGCGAUGGGUUUGUAUCUGGUUUGGAUUUGGAACGAGUCUGGGAUGCCUUGAGAAUGGAGGAGGUGUGUGAGUGGUCACUGAGUGAGCUCCGGGAUGAGUUGGGUUUGAUGAAACCUGACUCGAAGAUAUCUUUCUCGGAAUUUUUGAAGAUUGACUUGACAGGGAAGGCUUAUGAUGAGGCCCAACUCCAGAGUUCUGAUAACAGCUUAGUGUUUCGCACGACUCCGGGUUUGGUGGAAGACGUGUUGCCACUAGCGCUGGUGCGACGUUCGAACAGCCGCUUACGUCUGCCGUCUUUCGGAGAAUACAUCAGAUGGGGACCCCAGAAGUGUACAGCUCUGCUCACAUGCAUUGAUCUUGCAUCUGGGGCGUUUGGACUAGGUUAUGAAGGCUGUUCCUUUCCCUGUGACUUCGUGAAUAUGAAGAAGCAGAAUGUGCGCACAUUGGCACUGAUUGUUUGCACAUUCACUUACCUCCUUGUUGGUGCUGCAAUUUUUGACGUUCUGGAAUCUGAUAAUGAGCGCAAGGAGCGUGAGGCAUUGCAAGAAAUGGAGUCCAUGAUCUUCAAGAAGUACAAUAUAACCAAAGAAGACUAUGCAUUCAUGGAACUGGUUGUGCUUCAAACCGUACCACACCGAGCUGGACAGCAAUGGAAGUUUGCUGGAGCAUUUUAUUAUGCAACAACGGUUUUGACUACCAUAGGUUAUGGGCAUUCCACUCCGAAUACUGUGGCCGGCAAACUAUUCACCAUGUUCUAUGCAACUAUUGGGAUUCCUUUAGGCCUUGUUAUGUUUCAGUCAAUCGGAGAACGUCUGAACAAAUGCAGUUCCAUGAUCAUUAAACAAAUCAAGAAAAUGACAAAAAAGGCGCAGAUACAAGCAACUGAAAUGAAUUUGAUCUCUGUGGUAAUCACGCUGUCAAUAUUGAUCAUCGUUGCUGGAGCCGCAGUGUUUUCUAGAUACGAGGAUUGGUCUUACUUUGACUCCACCUACUACUGUUUUGUUACGCUGACAACAAUAGGAUUUGGAGAUUAUGUUGCAUUGCAAAAUAAUGACGCUUUGGCCAGUCAGCCCGAAUAUGUGGCGUUUUCGCUCAUCUUCAUCUUGUUCGGACUUACUGUGGUUGCUGCAUCUGUCAACUUGCUUGUGCUUAGGUUUGUGACGAUGAACACGGUGGAUGAAAGAAAAGAUGAACUCGAAGCCCUGCAAGCUGCCCAAGGAGCAGUACGAUUAGAAGGAGACGUGAUCACCACAAACGGCUCCAUAAUUAGCGGGCACUUCGGUCCCCGAGGAGCUGGUGCCAUGGAUCGCAGGAUCCUCUCGUCUCUGUCACUCUCUGACAUAGGAAGCAUUUGUAAUGACUGCGGCGCCCUGAGGCCAUUUUGUUGGCCAAAAAAGACUACAAAACCGCCGCAUUUGAGAUAUGGACGUCAUCACUUGCACAAUUUUGGUCACGUCAAAUCAAGCUUUCUUUCUGCUCCUCGUGCUUCGCAAAUUAGACUGAAGACGUUUCAAAUCACGCAGGAAGAAGAUGCUUACGACAAUAGGGACCAAUUUGAAGACGAUCAACCUCCGACUCGUGGUCGACCAAGAAUCGAUUCUGAAGAGCAUUCUUACUAUGACGAGGGGUAUUAUGCUCCUUUACCAGAUGAUUUUUGCGCCUCAGAAUCUAAAAGAGUUUCAAUUUAAUUUUUAAUUUCGUGAUUUAAAGCGAAAUUGGAUGAAACAAUUUUCUGCAUCCUGUAAGAGAUGGAUUUUUCAUCAUUGCAUUUUUUUCAAUGCCUCAAAUGAUCUUUGAUAUCAGCUUGCGUUAUUUUUUUGAUUGAUACUAUCUGUGCUGAAUGUUGGAUUAAUUGGUUGAAUUUUCAGGCAUGAUUGUUCCCGUCUAACGAUUUUUUUUUCAUUAUGGUUCUUCGUCUUCUGGAUGUAAUUACCGGACCAGAAGAUAAUGAUGUUAUGCAUGCAUUUUUGAAUUGCCUCUGAAUGCAAAUUUUCGAUUACAGCUUACACGGUUUCGGGGGUGAUGGAAUAAAUGCCUGGUGGUGGUGAUGUGGUGCUAACAA